CAAAAACAACAACCCAACAACACCGCACAGGAUGAAGUUCCUCGAGAAUGAAUCGGACAAGAUUGAGAUCGUCGACGGUCCGGUGGACGUGCCGGCCAUUAUCGACUCGAUGGUAGAACAGCUGCCCACCGACAACCCGUUCUACGUGAUGGAUAUCGGGGACAUUGUGCGCAAACAUCAGCAGUGGAUCGAAAAGAUGCCACGCGUAGUACCGCAUUACGCGGUCAAGUGCAACGACACGGACAUCGUGUGCGCCACGCUGGCCGCACUCGGUGCAUCGUUCGACUGUGCGUCGAAGGGUGAGAUAGCGAAGAUUCUUUCGCUUGGCGUCGCCCCGGAACGUAUCAUCUUUGCAAACCCGAUGAAACCGGCAUCGCAUCUGCGGUACGCCAACAGUAACGCGGUCAAAACGAUGACCUACGAUAGCGAUACCGAGCUGCACAAGAUCAAGCAGUACUGUCCGGAUGCCAAGCUUGUUAUUCGCAUCCGUUGCGAGGCAGAAAAAGCCCAAUGUCCCUUGGGCAAGAAGUUUGGCUGCGAUCCGGUAGAGGAAGCACCGCGCCUAAUCAAGAUUGCCCGCAGUCUUGGGCUGGAAGUGGUCGGCGUAAGCUUCCACGUCGGUUCCGGCUGUGCCGAUUUCCCCAUCUACUAUAAGGCCAUCUCAUACGCGCGUGAUUUGUUUGCCUAUGCUGCCCAGUUGGGGUACACAUUCAACCUGCUGGACAUUGGUGGCGGUUUCCCGGGCGAUACUGGCACAUCCAUCGACGAGGUGGCAAUGAUUGUAAAUGCAGCGCUCGAUACGUACUUCCCGGACAAAUCAGUACGCGUCAUUUCCGAACCGGGCCGCUACUACGUAUCGUCCGCCUUCACUCUCGUCACCAACGUGCAGUCGAAGCGCGUUUGCCUGAACGCCAAGACGGGCACCAUCGAUCGGAUGAUGUACUAUCUGAACGAUGGUGUUUACGCGUCGUUCAACUGCGUGCUGUACGAUCAUCAGGUACCGCGACCGAAGCUAAUCGGUGGCCAAAAUGGCAAGCUGUACAAGAGCACGAUCUGGGGCCCGACGUGUGAUGCGCUCGAUCAGCUGAUCGAAACGAUUGCACUGCCCGAGCUGCAAAUCGACGAUUGGGUCGUGUUUGAGAACAUGGGCGCUUACACCAUUCCCGUCGCCAGUCCGUUCAAUGGUUUCGAGCUGCCGAAAGUCUACUGCUACAUCAGCAAACGACAUUGGGAAAUGUUGGAAUCAUUGUUCCCGCAACAGAAUGAAUGCUCACUGACGGCUAGCUGCAACGAGUGCAUGCCAAACAGCUACGAAUCUGUUGCCGCCUGCGCUUGAGGCUCUCACCAUUGCUAUCAUCGUGCCAUGGCCGUGCUGAUCCCGACGCGUACCGCUCAUUCCAUCGGUCACCCCGGGACCAGCUUUUAUUAUUCUAUGAUAUUCAACGGAAAUUCUAUAAUCUUAACAUUUAAAACGCUAUAUACAACGUUGCCUUUCCUUCCAUUACUUCAAAAAGACAUAAUUACUUCAAUAAACGAAGAGGCAGCCUUUUUACACAACCGUACAAAA